GGGAAAACUCUCUUUUUUCAUUGGCUGCCUCUGCCCUCUGAUCCUGCUUUCCCCCAAACUAGGGAGAUUAAAACAACAGCUAAUUAAUUUCAUCCCUUUGCAGAAACGCUUCCUAGAUCUGAGGGCUUUAAACAGUUUCUGUCUGAACCAGGCCAACAAAAACACCAUCAAAAUGUCCAGCAAGCGAGCCAAGGCAAAGACCACCAAGAAGCGCCCUCAGCGUGCCACCUCCAACGUCUUUGCCAUGUUCGACCAAUCCCAGAUCCAAGAGUUCAAGGAGGCUUUUAAUAUGAUUGACCAAAACCGUGAUGGAUUCAUUGACAAAGAGGAUCUACAUGACAUGCUGGCUUCUCUAGGGAAAAAUCCUACAGAUGAAUACUUGGAAGGAAUGAUGAGUGAAGCACCUGGACCCAUCAAUUUCACUAUGUUCCUCACUAUGUUUGGGGAGAAGCUGAAUGGCACAGAUCCAGAAGAUGUCAUUCGAAAUGCUUUUGCCUGCUUUGAUGAGGAAGCCACAGGCUUCAUUCAUGAAGAUCACUUGCGUGAACUGCUUACCACCAUGGGUGAUCGUUUUACAGAUGAGGAAGUAGAUGAGAUGUAUCGAGAAGCUCCAAUUGAUAAGAAAGGCAACUUUAACUAUCUGGAGUUCACCCGUAUCCUGAAGCAUGGAGCCAAAGACAAAGAUGAUUAAAACUAAGAGAGAUUUCAAUUUCCAGUUAUCCUUGUUUGUCCCAGUCUUCUUGUUCCUCCUUGAGAUUCUCUGAUGCCCUGGGUCAAGUACAGAAUGGGUUACACUCUGAAAUAUUUCAGAACUAUUCCUAUUCUUAAUGAAGAAUAAGCUUUUCCAUGUCUGAGUCAUAUGGAUCAAUGUUGACUCACUAUUAAGCCACCUGUUGAUUUGAUAGGUCCCUUGGAGUAAAAUAUUUGCAAUAUUCUCUUUAUAAACAAAUUUCCAAACAUUUUUGAUGUGGGAAUGAGAAGAAACACUGUGAAUGCAUCUGAUAUUGUUUCAUACACCACUAGCAUUUGUACCUAGCAUUGGUGUACUUUUUAAAAUAGAAACUGUUUUCAGUUCACAUACAAUUGUAAUGUGACUUACACUUGUAAUGUGGCUUACACUCUUCAACUUUUUCACUGCCGUCACAACCCAGGGAGAUAGGGCUAUUCCCAUUUUAAAGUUGAAUUGAGGUGGGAAUUGAGAUAUAUAGUACAUGUAGCCUGGACUACCCUUUCACUCUUCAGGUGUGAGAAUGGAAUCGGGGGACCCAGAUCCUGCCUCAAACUUUUACAUAAUGGAACAAGUUGGCUUUUGCCUUCACUGCUUAAAAUGAACCCAUGAAAACAUCACUGGAUAACAGAUUAGCUGUUAUCUCACCGCCUCAUGAGAAUCAUACCCCAUGUUGUAGUAAAGAUGUUUUCCUCACAAAGCACAUUUGACACUCAUACAAAGAUUCUUUCAAAUUUCUCCAUUGCUCUUGACCCAGACACAUAAUAUGUCAGCUAAUGCAUUGAUAAAGAAACAAGUUGUUUGGUACACCAAAGCUGAAAUCACAUAUAAAUCCCACCUUGGACUCUGAUACAAUAUAGUGUUUUUGUGGAGGUUGCCUGAAAAAUAGAAGAGAAAAAAACACAAAAAUAAAUCACUUUUUCAAAUCUGUUUUAAUUUCUUUUUCCUUCUGUUUCUAUUGAAAUGUCUGGCUUAAAUAAUUCAAUAUUUUUAUUACAAAAUACAACUUCUAGAAUAUUACUGAAGUCCUACAAUUAUGCUUACUUGUUUCCAAUUAAUAAGAGAGAUGGCUGUACAGUUGCUGUUUGAUUAAAGAUUUUGUGAUUUGACUAACAAAAGUAAAUGUGUUCCUCUACAUGUUUCCUUCUUCAUUAUAUAAUGGAUAUUUAUUAUUGUGAAAAGUAACAUAAAAACAUUUUCCUCA